UCUAUUUUAUCGUCACUAAUACUUAAAAGUCGUACAAAUACAUAGUUAUAUUAAGGUCAAAGAUAAGAAAACGGUGGAAAUUAAGGGACAUUUAAAGACUGACAUAAUGUCUGUGUGGAUUUUGUGUUUGCUUUUGGCUUUUUUGCCAGCAACAAGUGCUUUUCCGGAUAAACGCGGCGCAUGCGUCGUUCAGUGUGUUCCAAGUUCCGGUCAGUACCAAGACCUUGGACUGGCUGACUGUCCAUCUGAUCAUGAAUGCAGAAGUACUGGCUGUGGAUCAAUGUGCUUUCCUACAAACAGCGGAACACAUGCUAAAAACGCAAGAGGAUCGUGCAUAAUGCUCUGCGGGGACUCGAUUAGCAAGAAAUGUGGACUAAAUGGAUACGACUGCGCCUCGAAUGGGUGUGGUAGAGAGUGUAAACUCAGGGCUGAUUAUAUACAGCCACUUCACUGUCCGGUGUUCAAAUGUGACCUUCACUGCCCUACUGGUUACUAUAGAGAUGACCUCGGAUGCGACCAAUGCCAGUGUGCCUACACUGUCGUCGAUUCUAAUUAAGUAAUAUAAUAAAGUACAUACAUAAAAAA